AUGAGACUACCACGGGUCAAGCUAAAGCCGACUGUGGUCAUAACAGCCUCCUGAAAUAAUUGUGUACAAGAAAAAAUAGAAAAGCAAGAAUGCCGUUCAGCGCCGACACAAUUAAACCUCCCCUGCACGACCAAAUAAUGGAGGUCCAGCGGAAAAUCCAGCUACUGGAGGGCGAAAGAACUGCAUACUAUGAGAGCUCUCAGUCCACCAUCAAGAAGAACUCUGAGACCAUCCGCCACCUGAGGCAGGAGAACAAGAGGCUGUACAGAAAACAAGCGGAGGCUAAUACUGGUGAUGAACACAUCAUUAAAGUGGCUUUUCAUAAAAGAGGCAUGGAGAAGGAUGCCUACCGCAACAUGUCAGGGAAGGAGGCCCUCACAGUGCUAGACCAAAGGGUGCUGUCCAAGACGAAGCGACUCAACGCCCAAAGACACACCACCCAGACCUACAAGGACCGCCUUGAACAACUGCAGACGGAAUACCAGAGAAUCAAACAAGGGGGCAGCCGCGGAGCAGUCUCUGCUGAUGCUCGUGCCCGGAAAAAAGAGGAAGAAGCAAUGAACCUGCGGUCACUGGAGAACAGUCUGGAGAAAACCCUGUUUAAGUGCAAAGAAGCAGAGAACAUCAUGAUUAAUUACAUGAAACUGAAAAGUCACUUGCAGGACGAGAGUCUGACUUUCCAGGGCCAGUUGGAUAGUCUGGAAGCAGAAAUCCUAAAACACAGAGAAGAGCUCUGCAACCUGCAGGCCAUGAAUAACGAAGCCCAACUCUCUAAAGAAGCUACUAAGGCCGAGUUACAGCAGCUGGAGGAGCAGCUCUACAAAGAGCGUAAAGAGAGGGAGCGCAUAAUAGCAAGUUAUAGGAAGAAGGUUGAGGAGCGCAAAGCGCAGGCUGAAAAAGUUGACAGAAGGCAGGCCCAAAGGACAACUAUGCAGCCGGAUGAAUUAAGUAGUGAAGCCCAGCACAGCACCACCGGGAUGGUCGGAGAAGAGGAGAAAGCCAUUUCUGCAUUUGAGGAGGCCUUCAGGAGCAUCAAAGAGGCCACCGGUGUCACAGAUAUACAGGAGAUAGUGGAGCGUUUUAUCUCUCAGAAGGAGACACACCAACACCUGGAGAAGAUGAAGGCAGAGAAUGAGGAGGUCGUGCUGCAGUUGAAGGAGCAGAAGGAGCAUCUGAACCAACAGUUUGAGGAUAUGAAAUAUUCUGGAGAGGCUAAACUGUCCAGUGACCAGCAGAAGGUGGAGGAGUGUGAGCUCCAGCUGCGGGCUCAGCAGCAGAAGUGUGAAGCAGCUCAAGAGCGCCUGGACUGGCUCGUGAAAACCAUCAGCACUGUCCGAGCUGGAGUUGAGCACUUAUCAGACAAACUACAACACAUCUCAGUGAGUGCGGACACAGUUGCUGAAGUGCGUCCCGACUCAGAUGAGUUUGUGGUGGAGCUGAUUACCCGGUGUGAGAUGAAAUUACAGCAACUGAGCAAGGAGCUUCAAGGGAAGGAUCUGGCUGCUAUUAUGAAGGAAAUGGAAGAAGAGGAGUUUUAUGUCAGGAUUGAGGGGAAACUCCCUGAGUACAACACUCGAGUCAAACUCCCCGAGGAUCAGUCCCUGGACCGUGUGGAUGAAGAGGAAGAGAGUGAAGAAGAAGAGGCGGACAUCAUCUCACGCGAGGCGCUGAAGCGUCAGUCUCAGCUGAUCAUUGACUCCAAGUCCAAGAAGAAGCAAUGGAAGAAGAAGAAGGACAAGUUCUGAUCCAGCCAUUGGCUCACGAGAGAGAAGCAAAAUAAAUGCUCAGAACGAAACCUUAAUGUAAGCUGAUUAGUAGUAAUAGUAUCACCUCUCCAGGUUUUAUGCAAUACAAAAUAAUUUUACAACUCAUGAAAAUACGAAUGAAAGAUGAUUCAUAGAUGGCAUUCACUCACAUGGCUCUUUUGUGUCUUUACUUAUUGUAUAGGUUUGUUUGUUGUGACAACACUAAUGUUCUCCGUUAUGCUGUCACUGUUGCACCAACACUCGUUUCUCCUGCCUUUUUUUUUUCACAGCUCACAUUUCAUUAUCUAGCUCAAGACGAGCCAAUAAAAGCUGUCCAAACACUUCUUUCACCUUUUACUCCUUUCAACUGCUGUUUAGUAGGUGGGGCGUACCGGUACCUUGCCACCAUUUGAUUUUCAAAUAAUUGUAAAUGUUGUGGGUUUUAUCUUACAGAAGUGAUGCACUGAAAUCCAACUCUUAUGAUGAAUCCAGCCUUUGUUCACGGUCGAAUUACAUCAAAACAAAAAUACUCCUGCUUUGUCCCAGUACAGUGUACAGAGUUGCACUGGAAGCUCCCAUUUAAAGCAUCCAGUGACAACAGCUGAACUAUUCCUGCUAUGUGAAGCAUCUGAGACAUUGUUUUGCCUGACGUAUUGGCAUGGCGAUAAGUCUUCAAAACGUCAACGGAAAACCUGAGCAAACGUCUCUGUCUUCACCAGCAACACUGAAUGUCUGAAAGACAACUCUGAGAUGUAAUCAAAAAGUCUGACUAAAUCACAGGACAAUGUUUUUUCCCCCUGUUUUACAGGGAAAAUUCGAGUGAAAGCAGCUGGGUAUAAAAUCAUCCUCAGCAGUAUCAUUUUCUAAAUUUAGUUUAGUUCCUGAGAUGGUUCUUUCCUGUUAUGUCCGAUGUGUCUCUAAAAUUUAUCAUUUCAGGAAAUUGCGUAACUUAACAGCAGCCGUAGCUCUUGAACAUUAAGAUGUUUCGAAGGUUAGUAUGAGGGCAAACCUGGGACUUGACGCAAUAUGAGUAAAACUGUGUUUUAACUAAUAUUAUAGCCAACAUUGAAAACAUUAUUUGGUACUAAUGUUCAUUAUUUGAAUUUGAAAGCUUUGUUUGAUCCGAUCAUUUAUUCAUUUAUUCCCAUCGGAUGUUUUCCUUUAGGUUUGUUGAUACUCUGUGUAUUAAUGAAUAAAAAUCUCUUAAAGUUAU